AGCAGAUGCCGUGCUUGGCAUUGCUACUCGGUACAACACUCAGUGGUGACACACGAGAGGAGCGCCGGUCGCAACAGCAAGGUGAACACAAGGCCUCAUUCACACCCCAUAGGAGUAGCUAAUCAUACACAAAGUUGAGCACCCGGCAUGAUACAGACUCCGAGGAACACCUAAUCAUAUAUACAGGUCCAGCUUUGUGUGAAUGUGGUUUGGAGAGAGUGCGCAUCGAGGGAGGUGCAAUGUCGUGACCUUCUGUACCUAAAGUUCGACCUAGCUCUGAGGUGCAACUAACAUCAUAAGGAAAUGAUGAGAGGAGCUGCAGGAACAGUAGUGGUGGCGCUGGUGGUGAUGGUGGUAGCAGUGAGUGCUAGUGAAGACAAAGCCAGCCCAGUGGUGGAGACACAGGAAGGACUAGUCUCUGGUGUGAGGGAGGAGUCGACUCAAGGCAAGAUCUUCCACUCCUAUUAUGGCAUUCCCUUCGCCCAGCCUCCAAUCGGCAGCCUACGGUUUAAGGAUCCAGUAGCAGCAGCAUCAUGGGAGGGUGUGUUGGACGUCACCACUAUGCCAGAGCCAUGCCUGCAGAUACCAGCUGCUAUGGCCCUCGUGGGCGUCAAGGCACAAACAAUCAGCGUGCAGGGGAGUGAGGACUGCCUCUAUCUCAAUGUCUUCACGCCUAAGCCUGGUGACGGUGGGAACCUACCAGUGAUGGUGUGGAUACACGGAGGUGGCUUCUACUUCGGCAGCGCUCGGGAGUACCUUCCCCACGUCCUCCUCAACCAGCAGAUUGUGCUAGUGGUCAUCCAGUACCGACUCAGCGUAAUGGGUUUCCUGUCGACUGACGACUCUGUUUUCCCCGGGUUUAAUUUCGGGCUUAAGGAUCAAACACUGGCGCUGCAGUGGGUGCAACGGAAUAUUCACAACUUCGGAGGAGACAAGAAUAGGGUCACAAUCUUUGGCGAGAGCGCCGGUGGUGCCUCUGUUCAUUUUCAGAUGCUCACGCCUAAGGCCAAGGGUCUCUUCUCUCGAGCAAUCAUGCAAUCGGGAACAGCGGUGUGUCCGUGGGCAUUGAGUAGAUCCCACGCUGACACGGCACAGAGGAUCGCCCGGGCUGCUGGCUGCGACUCAGUCCACGACAGCAACAAACUCCUGAAAUGUUUAAAAGAUGCUGAUGCCGACAAGUUGACUUCCAUCGCUCAGGAAAUAAUGGAUCCAGUAGCAGCAGCAUCAUGAGGUGUGUUGGACGUCACCACUAUGCCAGAGCCAUGCCUGCAGAUACCAGCUGCUAUGGCCCUCGUGGGCGUCAAGGCACAAACAAUCAGCGUGCAGGGGAGUGAGGACUGCCUCUAUCUCAAUGUCUUCACGCCUAAGCCUGGUGACGGUGGGAACCUACCAGUGAUGGUGUGGAUACACGGAGGUGGCUUCUACUUCGGCAGCGCUCGGGAGUACCUUCCCCACGUCCUCCUCAACCAGCAGAUUGUGCUAGUGGUCAUCCAGUACCGACUCAGCGUAAUGGGUUUCCUGUCGACUGACGACUCUGUGAUUCCCGGUAAUUUCGGGCUUAAGGAUCAAACACUGGCGCUACAGUGGGUGCAACGGAAUAUUCACAACUUCGGAGGAGACAAGAAUAGGGUCACAAUCUUUGGAGAGAGCGCCGGUGGUGCCUCUGUUCAUUUUCAGAUGCUCACGCCUAAGGCCAAGGGUCUCUUCUCUCGAGCAAUCAUGCAAUCGGGAACAGCGGUGUGUCCGUGGGCAUUGAGUAGAUCCCACGCUGACACGGCACAGAGGGUCGCCCGGGCUGCUGGCUGCGACUCAGUCCACGACAGCAACAAACUCCUGAAAUGUUUAAAAGAUGCUGAUGCCGACAAGUUGACUUCCAUCGCUCAGGAAAUAAUGGACUGGUACUUCCUGCCAAUAAGACUGACAGCUCGUGUUGAUGGAGACUACCUUCCCGAGGAGCCGGCAGUGUUGCUGCGAGAAGGUCGCUUCCACCAGGUGCCAGUCAUCACGGGAGUCACUCAGCACGAGGGAGGCCUCUUCGCGCUGCGUGAGUUACCAAGCUCCUUUCAUUCAGAGGGGAAGGCCUACGUAGAUACUAGUUUAAAUUCUUUGGUGUGAAGAAUUAGAGCUUCU